CCUUCUAUACCACCUUGACACUAGUACUUCUUCUUCUAAUUCAGCCUUCUCUCCAUCUCUCCAUAGCUCCGGCAAAAAUGUCCGGCGUUUGGGUGUUCAAGAACGGGGUGGUCCGGCUAGUUGAGAACCCGGGGGCCGAGUCGAACCAGGGAACGCGCCGGAAGGUGCUAGUCCACCUCCCUACCGAGGAAGUGAUCACCUCUUACGCAGUUCUCGACAGGAAGCUCACCGCACUGGGCUGGGAGCGUUACCACGACGAUCCGGAGCUUCUCCAGUUCCACAAGAGAUCCACAGUUCACCUCAUCUCCCUCCCCAAGGACUUCAGCAGGUUCAAGUCCAUGCACAUGUACGACAUCGUCGUCAAGAACCGCAAUAUCUUUGAAGUUAGGGACGUGUAAUGAAGAUUAAUUACAAGUAAUUUGUGUUGUGUUUGUUAGUUUAAUUUCCCCCGGAAUAUGUCUCUUUUAAUUUCUUCUUCUUCUUCUCUUCUUCCUCAGAAUUCUAAUCUUCUCAGUGUGUGUUUGAUUCAGCCUGGUGUUCAUUGUUUCAGUUGUUGUCCAUUUCAGUGAAUUAAGGUGUGGCUAGCUAGGCUAGGGUUUCUGGGGGUGAUCAGUUGAAGGGCUGUUUGGAUGUCGUCAAAUGCUUUGUAAAUUAUAACAUAUAUUACUAUCUUGUAAUGAGAAUUGGGCUUGAUUUCUUCGUGUGCUAAA